AUGAUGGACUUAAAAGGCGCAUCGGCGAACCGCGUGGUUCUCAUCCUCGUUAUAAUGACCCUCCACUCCUUCGGCGAAGGCUCGGGAGUCGGUGUCUCCUUCGCCGGCCCUCGCGGCCUGUCGCAGGGGCUGCUGGUAACCAUCGCCAUCGCCGUGCACAACGUCCCCGAAGGCCUCGCGAUGACUCUCGUCAUGGUCGCGCGCGGCGUGCGCCCGCGCAACGCCAUGCUCUGGAGCGUCUUCACGAGCCUCCCGCAACCGCUCGUCGCCGUCCCCGCGUUUCUCGGCGCGAACACCUUCACGCAGUUCCUCCCGCUCUGCAUGGGCUUCGCAGCGGGGUGCAUGAUAUGGAUAGUUUUCGGCGAGGUUCUCCCGGAGUGCAUUAAAGAGGGCGCGAAUUCCUCCCACGUGGCCUCAGCUGCUACUCUCUCCGUCGCGUUCAUGGAGGCGCUAGGAGCUUUCCUCGAAGGCGCGGACGCGCCUGAAAGCUGGCACCGCUUAGUACCGAUCGCUUGGGCGCUUCUGUUCUUCCUGGGGCCGCUCAUAGGUUCUGUACUCCCGCUUCUCCUCUCCCAUUCACUCCCUGCCCCUGUCUCGCCGCCUCUGCUAUCCGGCCUGGCGGGAGGGGCGCUGCUUGGUUUGGCGCUGUGGCAGCCGGUGCAGCUGCUGGUAACCGGGCAAAUGGAGGUGCUGCCGCUGCUGUCAGUUUUCUACGUGGGCUGUGUGCUGCAUUAUUUCUGUGCCAGUAUGGGCCGGGGCUUGGGGGGUGGGUGCGUGGGUAACGCGCAGCAGAAGGUGCAAGGCGGUUUUAGUGACGUUCAGUAUGGUCAUGGGCUGCAGCAGUGGGUCGGGGACGGGGAUGAGAAGGAGGUGCUCCGGGCGUGCAAGCCGAGCCUGCAGCUGAGCUACGGGAUCCGAGCCUCCAUGCUGGUCUGUGUUGCUGUGUCAGGCCAUGCGUUCGCGGAGGGGCUUCUGCUGGGGCAGAAAGCAGUGCCAGGAGGGGACCUAGGAGGCGAAUUAGGAGCAAGGGGAACAGGAGGAGGGGGAGUAGGAGAGAUGGGGAUGCGCAUGCUGCUUCCAGCAGCCAUUCACGGCGUGCCACGUGGCAUUGCUGCAGCAGCCGCUGCACUGGGUUCGUUCUCCAUCACUCGGUCCACCCCGGAGCUUCCCCUAGCAGCUGUUCCCUUAGCUCUCGCAUCUGCGGCUGUAGCGGGGCUGGCUGGACCCAUCGGUGCUGUAGCAUCCUUCUUUUUGCUUCAUAGCUUUGGAACUGGGCUGCUGAACUGGCUUGUGCUAGCCUGUGGGUUACUGGCCCCUGCAGGGCUGGAUCAACUGCUGCCUGGAGGGUUGUGGGUGGCUAGUGGGAGAGGAGUUGCGGGUGGAAAGGGAGGUGAAUGGGGAUGGAGUGUUUUGGACAGGAGACGAGUGGUUGUGGGGGCGGUGUUGGGAAUCAUGCUUGUGGUGGUGAGUUUUAUGGGGAAGAGGACGAUAUGUGCGCACUCUAGUUACUGUAAUUCGGCUCCGGUGGCGCUGACAUGA